GUUCGAACGUGAGUGUUUCGAGUGCUCCCGGUGGCUGUCUGUGUGUAUUUGUAUGUGUAAGUGAGAGCCUACGAACAAGUGCUGAGUUUCUAGUUAUGAGCUGACUACUGCUGCUGCUGUGUGUUGGUUGUUCGUGUACAACGUCGACUCUUUCGCAUGUGUCCUACUCGAUCAAACAUAAACUCGCUACAAUUACCAGCCGCAGGCACUCGUGUCCUGCUCUUUGUGGGAGCAACAACCACGCACGAACUGAAAGUAACAGUAAGGACCGUGGCAGCAAUUUCUCUGUGAACACGUCGAUUAGUGCAGCAACGGUCGAUUAAGCAAGCAUCAUAAAUUAAAGCUGCCAUCAAGUAACAAGUGCGAAAACAAGGACAGUUCCUCACGCAUUUCAGACGGAUGAAGACACUAUAGUUUAGCUUCACAGUUCUGGUUAGUCGGCCUUGUCAUCGGAUCGGUCCCUGUUUGGCAAUAAAAGUUGUAGCCACAAGUAUAACUGUUGCCUAGUGGCCGGUUGGUUGGUCCGUGUGAGUCGCAAAACACCUGUAUUCUGGUACUGAUCGUACAAGUCGUAUCUCCCUCGUAUUGCGAAACUGUGAUCAGUAACAAUGUCUAGUUCACCUCAACCCGCGGACCUCAGUAGCAUACCAUCUAUGACAGAUUGUCACCUAAGGCUAAUGGAGUAUGCCCAGCGUCUUCUUCAGCAACAUCAGCAGAGUUUAGUCAGCCAGAAUCCGAUGUCGCUCUUGACGCCGAUGCCGUUUGGGCCUCAAAUCGAGGUACCCAGCCCGCUGUUAGGCCACCCGUUCCAUAGUCUAAAUCGUUUCCUUUUGCAAGAAGAUCCCAAACCCCAGCACUCGUAUAUCGGCCUCAUCGCUAUGGCCAUCUUAAGCUCACCGGAAAAGAAGAUGGUUUUAUCAGAUAUUUACCACUACAUUCUCGAAAACUACCCAUACUUCCGCAACCGCGGGCCGGGCUGGCGCAACUCGAUUCGACACAAUUUGUCGCUGAACGACUGCUUUGUCAAAGCUGGCCGCAGUGCCAAUGGAAAGGGUCAUUACUGGGCCGUUCAUCCGGCCAACAUUGACGAUUUCACGAGAGGCGACUUUCGAAGACGGCGGGCUCAACGAAAGGUACGAAAACACAUGGGCUUGUCGGUGCCUGAUGAAGACGACAGUCCCUGCGCCAGUCCUGUACCACCUCCACCGACAACUCUUUCAGGAGCUGCCCUGUCGCCCUUUACGCUUUGUCAACCUUUCCCCCCGCCCGUUUUACCAACUCGACGAACAUUCGAUGUAGAAAGUCUGCUGGCACCUGAGCCCAAACUGUCAUUCCCGGGCCGUCCAAUGUGGUCGCCUCUUCUGGCCAGCGUUGCUUCCGCAGCGACGGCCACUAACCUCCAGACCCCGAAAUUGCAGCUCGCGCAACUCGACGACCCCGCGGCUGUUCUCCUGGAACCCCGUUUAGAGUAACAGCAAUAAUAAUAAUAAUAAUCACAGUUGCAGGUUGGGAUGACGGAUCACAUCCCCAGCUUAACAACAGCUUUGAAACAGACUUGGCUAGUAGUUAGAUAUCUGACUUCUACUGAGGCAGACGACAAGUUGUGCACAAGAGUGUUCUCAAGACGCCUUAUCCUUUACAAACAUGUUGAUUAGGAGCGUUCAGAUGCUUGACGAGAGAAGAACAAAGAGGAUAAACAAGAUCCAUACCGGUGCAAGUUAUCCAGUGAAAAGUGAAGUGAUGUAUCGAUCUCGAACAGAAUGAUCUCAUCACACCUGAAUAGACGUUUAGCGUUACGUUUACGCGGCUAUACGGCUUUCAAACGCGACAAUGUAACCCUAACAAGCCAUAGCAGGCAAGACACAUGUUCUAUUAGUUAGAUUCUAAAGGUGUCAGAUGUUGCAAUUACGUAUGACGUAGAACAGUUGAUACGGUUUUUGAAGCUAUGUUCAGUUGUGAAAUAAUAACCACUUAGAUAUAAAGAACAGUAUCGGCCAUGUACACUUCCAGCGACCCACACCAAUGGGGCUAAAAAGCGCCAUCGCGAAAAGUUCUCUGUCUCUAAUGCGGAUCGCCUCUUUGUUGGCUUCUGAUCCCAUUAAACGCACUGAUUGAGCGGUAGCAUUAUUAAAACGUUUGACGCAUACUCUCGCAGAAUGGCAAAAAAAAAGAAGAACCAAUAAAUACAUCUUCUAACGGUUCAAGUGAAGUCUGUUCUAGUAAUCAAAUGACGAAAACAGUUUUCCGCCAGCUUAACAUGGAAGAUGGAUAAACAUGUAGAAAUAACCUGUAGAUUAUCUUGUACAUAUCU